GGUGUUGACUGGUGCUAGCGGGCUGCGGGGGCGGGCAAGUGGCGGCUGAAGCGCCGCAGGCGGGCCUCCCAGUCGCCGUGUGAGUGGGAGGCGGCGGCGGCUGUGGCUGCAGCUGGGGUGAGGCGCGAGGCGGCGCGCUCGACGGCUGACUGGAGCAGCGGAUGUAAGUCAGAGUACAGUGGAAAAUGUCCACUGAACGAACUUCUUGGACAAGCCUGUCCACCAUUCAGAAAAUAGCCUUGGGCCUCGGGAUCCCAGCCAGUGCAACAAUUGCCUAUAUCCUAUACCGCAGGUAUAGGGAAAGCAGAGAAGAGCGGCUGACAUUUGUUGGGGAAGAUGACAUUGAGAUAGAGAUGCGGGUUCCCCAGGAGGCUGUGAAGCUCAUCAUUGGCCGGCAAGGAGCCAAUAUUAAACAACUGCGGAAACAGACAGGUGCUCGGAUUGAUGUGGACACAGAGGAUGUAGGCGAUGAGCGAGUGCUGCUUAUCAGUGGUUUUCCUGUUCAGGUGUGCAAGGCCAAAGCAGCAAUCCAUCAGAUCCUGACAGAGAAUACCCCAGUGUCUGAGCAGCUUUCAGUUCCCCAGAGAUCUGUGGGCAGAAUCAUAGGGAGAGGCGGCGAGACGAUUCGUUCUAUCUGUAAGGCCUCUGGAGCCAAAAUUACCUGUGACAAAGAAUCAGAAGGGACAUUACUACUAUCAAGACUUAUAAAAAUCUCAGGAACACAGAAGGAAGUGGCAGCAGCCAAGCAUUUGAUACUGGAGAAAGUUUCAGAAGAUGAAGAACUUCGAAAGAGAAUUGCUCAUUCUGCAGAAACCAGAGUCCCACGCAAACAGCCAAUCAGUGUGAGAAGAGAAGACAUCACAGAGCCAGGUGGAGCUGGAGAGCCGGCUUUGUGGAAAAACACCAGUUCUAGCAUGGGGCCGGCUGCGCCCCUGGUGACUCCUCCACCCAAAGGAGGAGGCGACAUGGCUGUGGUGGUGCCAAAGGAAGGUUCCUGGGAGAAACCUAGUGAUGACAGCUUUCAGAAGUCUGGAGCCCAGGCCAUCCCAGAGAUGUCCAUGUUUGAAAUCCCCAGUCCUGACUUCAGUUUCCAUGCUGAUGAGUACCUAGAAGUCUACGUCUCUGCUUCUGAACACCCUAACCACUUCUGGAUCCAGAUCGUUGGCUCCCGCAGCCUGCAAUUGGAUAAGCUUGUCAACGAGAUGACCCAGCACUAUGAGAAUAGUGUGCCUGAAGACUUGACUGUGCAUGUAGGAGACAUUGUAGCAGCACCUUUACCUACAAAUGGUUCCUGGUAUCGAGCCAGGGUCCUUGGCACCUUGGAGAAUGGGAACUUGGACCUCUACUUUGUUGACUUUGGAGAUAAUGGAGAUUGCCCACUGAAGGACCUCAGGGCUCUCAGGAGUGACUUCCUAAGCCUUCCAUUUCAAGCAAUAGAAUGUAGUCUGGCACGGAUCGCUCCCUCAGGUGACCAAUGGGAAGAGGAAGCUUUGGAUGAGUUUGAUAGACUCACUCAUUGUGCUGACUGGAAGCCUCUGGUAGCCAAAAUCUCUAGCUAUGUCCAGACUGGGAUCUCAACUUGGCCAAAGAUCUACUUAUAUGAUACUAGCAAUGGGAAGAAACUUGAUAUUGGGCUAGAAUUAGUACACAAAGGAUACGCAAUUGAGCUUCCUGAAGACAUAGAAGAAAACAGAGCUGUCCCAGACAUGUUGAAGGACAUGGCCACAGAAACAGAUGCCUCUCUCAGCACCUUGCUCACUGAGACCAAAAAGAACUCUGGAGAGAUAACACAUACCCUGUCCUGCCUCAGCUUAUCAGAAGCUGCUUCCAUGUCUGGUGAUGAUAACCUUGAAGAUGACUACUUACUCUGAAGUCUGGGCUUCAGCUUGCUCAGCCAUCUGCUUUGCUGUAGUUUGAACUCCGUGAGGCAAGAGGCUGUGGUUUUUGUAACAUAUGCUCCAGGCAUCUGGUUAAAUAUGUUCCCAUUCCCUUGGCCUUAUGUCUGACCCUUUCACAUUGUACGUGCUCAAUAUAUUUGAGAUCCAUUUUGUCCUGCUGACCACAUCCUUCGAAUGGAUUCUGUCUAAUUUUGCCAGUGCUCCUUCAGUCUGGCCCCUAACACCACCUGCAGGGGCUUCCUCAGAGUCCACUUGUAACUUGAUGGAACAGAAUGCUAGGCACUUUAACUUCCUUCGCGGUGGGUGGGAAGAAAAGAAUCCCUGAAAUGCCUGAGGGUGCAUUUUUAAAGAUGGGGGAAGAGGGUCUCCUAUAAAGGAAAAGGAGUUAUCCAGCUGCCUCAGCACGAAGAGCAAGGAAGAACAGCAGAUCCCCACCUCUGUCGUUCCGAUCAUUCUGGAAGUUCACAAACACGGAGUCCACAUUUGUCUUCUCUUCCACGUACUCCAGCGUUGCAGUCAAACUAGCAGCCACAGAAAAACAGUUAAAAUGUUUGGCCAACUCAGAAUCCAGAAAGACACCUACUUGGAGCAGAAAAAAUCUUAUUGGUUGUUUUCUGCCCUCCACCCACCCAAGCCAGGAAAUGGAAGUUGUUAAACUAGUUUUGGUAGAUUUUUCUCUGAAGCCAAGAGAUUGCACACCACUGGAUGUAAGCCACAGAAGGGGCCUGGAGAGAAACGACUACUGAGAUGAACAGUUAGAAAGUACUUCCCGUUAUUCAACUAUUUCUGGAUCUGAGUCCAACUUCCCAUGGACUCUUAUCCCUUGAAACCCAGAUCCUGGCUUAGCUCACAGGCUUGUCUGCAUGCCAGGUGAAUGGAUUGCUUAUAUCUAGCUCUAGAAUUAGCCCUAUGUACUAUGACAUGAUAGAAGGGUGAAAUCCCCUACCUGUUCCCUCCCCAUUCUCCCUUCCAGGCUCAGUCACCUUUCCCGGUUGCCUUGAUCCAAGGCCCGAUAUGGGAUAUCCAGGAAGAGUCGACGGUCACAGAGAAGGCCGUGCCAAUGGGCGGAGGUUUGGGGGGUGAGGCGGAAGUGAAAGUCUAACUGUACUGGGUCCUGGUGGAGCAGGGGAUCAGUAGCUAGCACCGUCAAGUUCCCAGCCUGGAAAAGGAGUAAAAAUGCUCCUCUAGCCUUCAAAUCAGACCUCAGGCAGAUUGGGGUGUGUCCGUUGAAGCAAGGUGGGCGUUGAUUGGGGGAGCCUGGGAGAAUCGGAGCCAAGAUCUUAAAGAUGCAAUAAUAUCCUUUAGUCCUAGUAACUAAUAGCCUAUGCCUAUUAUGGAGUUCUCCUUUAUAUCAAACAAUCCAGCUGAGGCAGUAUUACUGCCUGCUGACUUCAACGCAGGAGUACGAUAACCAUUUAGGAACUUAGAAAUGUUUACAUCAGAGAGCUUAGGAUUUAAACAAAGCUUUAUAAUGUGCUUCCUUUCUCACUAAUAAUUUCCACUUUUUUCAUUAUAUGGGUUUUCUCUCAAUUCUUCUAUUUAAAAUGCCGUGAUUACAACCAGGCUUGUUAUUGCAAUGUGAUAUGUGGGCAAGUUCUGGAUUCCAGAUCCUGCAUAGCAUCUAAACAGCUUUAUGUCCCAGAAGUCCUAUAAAGUUCGUUCUCCCUUUGUCCCCACUCCCUUUUUUCCCAUCCUGAUUUUCACUACCGUCUGUAUGACCUUGAUUUUAUAGUCUGUGGGCCAGAAUCCUUGUCUAUAUAAAAAGUAGCUUUUA